AUGAGAGGAGCAUCAUUACCACCAGCAUCACCUAAAGGAAACUCUCAAAUAGCAUCCCUAGUUCGACAAUGGUUACAAAAACCAGCUGGAAAAGUUGCAGUAACACCAGCACAAUUAAAAAAGCAUGAAAAACACCAGCCCGAGUCACUUGAAGCAAGAAUGGUGGCUAGUCCAUAUGCUGCCAUCUUGGCAUCACCUAUAAGACAAUGCCUUUUUUACAGACGUGCCUUUCCUUCAAAGCUUUUGAUUAGAUUUGGUGCUGGUUAUCAUCCCAAGACUAAACAAAAUUGGGCAUUUCCGACAGUUGGAAAGCCUCAUGAGAUGACUGGAAAAGGAUAUUAUGUAAAGUUGUGUAAAAGAGUGCUUGAACUGUUUGGAGCUAAAGGCCACGAUGCUGCUUUCAGAGGUGAAGUGACGUAUCCGCUUGGCAUGGUACAUCAGGUCGAAAAGACCAUUAAUCAGCAAGCCCUAGGCCUCUUUCGAGACCGAUUUCUUUCGGUACCCCUGACGCUUGUUGCACCCCAGCGAUGGGAAGUUGCAGAGAAGGACUACUCAAAAGUAGAAAGGGGUUUCCAAUGCAUUGUGGUCGUAAGAGGAGGUAGAAAUGGAAGUGAAAGUGGAGAUGAGAGCGGAGGAGAAGGGAAAGAUCGCGGUGAGUCUUCUGGAGAGUGCUGUGAGCUGAAUCACAAGGUUGUACUGGGGUCAUCGGCUUCAUCGGAAACCCCCCGCAUUUUCCAGAAUGUGCCCUGUUAUGACUCACAGCGGUUCUGGUCAGAAGAAGAGAGAGAUGUGAUUUGUAAGGAGUUGGAUAUCACAGGAAAAUAUAUGGUUGCCAUUGGGAUUCCAAAGCACUCUAACACUGUAGAAUUGGCAGUGGCCCUGUGGCGUAUUGGACUAUUUCAUAGCUAG